GAAAAAAGAAAUGUCAUGUUGUUGGGACUAGAAGAAUUAGAACAUAGCGCAUUGCUACUUGUGCCGACUGUAUGUCAACCUGAGUCAUUUUGGAAGAUGGAACCUCAAUUUAGGAAAUGCCCUCACCAAACUGACCUCUGGGCAAGCCUGUGGUACAUUUCCUUGAUUGAUGAUUCAUGUGGGAAAACCCAGUUCACUGUGGGCGGUGCCAGUCGUGGGCUGGUGGUUCUGGGUGCUAUAUGAAAGCCAGCCAUGGAGAGCGAGCCAGUAAGCAGCACUCUUCCGUGGCCUCUGUUUCAGCUCCUGCCUCCAGGUUCCUGCCCUGUGCUCUUACUGUGACUUCCCUCAGUGUUACCUGGAAGUGUUGGCAAAAGAAACCCUUUCCUCCCUAAGUUACUCUUUGGUCAUGGUGUUUUAUUGUAGCCAUAGGAACCUUAGGACACCACUGCUUGUGGUGGUGAACCCACGCUGUUGAGACAGUAGGGAGCCCUCAGAGCACUGCCCGUAGCAUUAACGUGCUCUGCUAAUGGCGCUUCCAGGUGUAAGUUAAACGCAAGGCCUCAGAUACGUAUUUCUACCUUCACGUUCAGAGCAGCGUUAUUUACAGCAUCCCAAGGGCAGCAACAACCUGCGCCAGCUGACAAGUUUGAACAAAAUGUGGGACGUUAUCACACACAAUGAAACUUAAAAAGAACUGGACUAGGACCUCUGCAAGACCAACAAGUGUUCUUUUGUUUGUUCGUUGGUUUGUUUCAAGACAAGGUCUCUCUGUGACUGUUCUGACUUGCUCUGUAUAUCAGGCUGGCCUUGAACUCGGCCAUCAGCCUGCCUUUGCCUCCCAGGUGCUGGGAUUAAAACUAUGCACCACCACUGCCAAGUACAAGUGCUCGUAACCACCAAGCUAGCCCUCGUUUUUGUUUAUUUUUAUUUGUUUGUUUAGUUAGUGUCUGUGUCGAGUGUAUGCACACACCUGUCUGCCAGAGGUGUGCAUGCCUCUGCAAGCAUGCAGGCCGGUGUCUUCUGUAUCACUCGUGCCUAUUCCUUUGAGGCAGGGUCUCUCCCUGAACGUAGAGCUCCUAUUUUCUCUGCUAGACUGAAAGCUAGCAAGCCUCAGUGCCGCUUCUGCCCCUGUCCCCCAGGGAGCUUGGAUUACAGGUGGUGGCACAAAGUGAUUCUUACCCUUUCUAAUAAAUGUCUUAGUAGUUCUAGCAUACACAUUUAUGUUAUAAAAGGGCACGAGAGAAACCUUGGUGGGUGAGAGCCCAAAGCGAGUGAGAGCCCGCAGCAGGUGAGGGCCAGACAAAUACACCAUGCAGGCAGAGCUUGUGUGGGAGUUUGUUGAGAGAAAGGUAAAGGGGGAGGGAAGAGGGAAGGAGAAAUACAGAGAGAAAGAGGAAGAAGACCAGGCUACCUCUUCAGAAGAGCUGUGGGAAGAGAGUGGGAAUGGGCGGAGCUUGUCUCUUAAAGGGACCUUUUGCACCUGUGUGUAUACACGUAGUGAUGUAGCAGCCAUAGGACCCUGGGUUGCCAGGCAACAGGGGCCAGUAUAAUGACUGAAUCCUAACAUUUAUGUUUAUAAUCUAUUAAAGAUAAUUUUUUGUUAAUGCAAUGAUGAAAGGGUUGAGUAGUGUUCAUUUCCUAAAGUGUAUCCAGUUUGCUCAGAGCAGUUGUUGAAAACAACUAUUUCUUCCUUGAAUUAUAUUGUUGCUUUUGUCAAAAAUCAAUUGUAUGGGGCUGGAGAGAUGACUCAGCACCUAAGAAAACUGGGCUGCUUUACCAGAGACCCCAGGCUCAAUUCCCAACAUCCACAUGGCCGCUCACAACUGACUGUAACUCCAGUUCCAGGGAUUCUGAUGCCCUCUUCUGGUUUCUUUAGGCACUGCAGGCACAUGGGCACAGAUGUGUAUGUAGGCAAAAUACCCAUGCACAUAAAAUUAAAAAAUUAAAAGAAAAAAAAAAGCCAGGCAGUGAUGGCACAUGCCUUUAAUCCCAGCACUUAGGAGGCAGAGGCAGAUGUAUCUCUAAGUUCGAGGCCAGCCUGGUCUGCAGAGUGAGUUCCAGAACAGCCAGGACUACACAGAGAAAGAAAUCUGGUUUUGAAAAAAAAAAAAAAAAAAAAAAAAUCAGUUGUUUAAGUCUUCUGUUGGACCUUCUGCCCUACUCAUCCAUGUGUCUAUUUUUAAAACAGGUGCGUGCUGUGGCUGUACUUAUUAUAAAUAAAGCACUGCAGCUCCAGCCUUGAGUUUCUUCUAAGUUGUGUGGGUUAAUCCAGGUCUUCACCAUUUUGACAUAAACACCACAAGGGUUUUGAUGCAUGGCAUGCACUGUUCGCAUAAUCUCGAGGAAGCCUUACAUUUUUAACAAUAUUGAAUCCUCAAAGCAAUGGAGGCGUUGUCUUCUCUGUCAUGUCUUUGCAUCUUGCAGGGCACGGUCCUUUACACACACUUAACCUUAAAAAGUAUCCUAAAAGGAAACAAGAAACGGAAGAACAUCGUAGAAUCAUGAAAUAUUAACGUCAUACUAGAACAAGUGUAAACAUUUAGGCAAAUAAAACCCGUGUUGGUUGGGUUUGGUUAACUUGACACAGCCACCUGGAGUCUCCCCCUCCCACUGAACCAGUCACAAAGCUUCACUUCUGGGUGCCCUGCGGCAGGUUUGCCCUGAAGACUUCCCUAGCAAAUAAAAAUCUGAAAGUCAUUCUUCGGCUUUUACAGGAAAAAUAAUCCUGAAAAAUCACUUCCUUUUCUUACACACCUGGAAACAUGAUAGCGUUUCUAAAUGCCAUCAGGUUCAUCAGUAAGUAGAUGCCCAUCACUGUCUGUCGGCAUGAAGACUUGGGUCUGGUCCCCAGGAUGCACUUGGUGGAAGGAGAGAACCGAUUUCCGCAAGUUCUCCUGUCAUCUCCAUAGAUGGUGCCGUGUACAAUCUCUACCCCUAGACACGAAAUAGAAACAUGGAAUGACUUUUGUAAAGUAGGAAUGUGAGCUACUUGUCGAGGGUGACAGUACCCACAGUAUUUUAGAUAUUUAUCAAGCUCCAUCACAAGGGCAGGAGUCUUACAGGCAGUGGCUCACGUGAUCCCUGGAGCAGACUUCCUCAAAGCAGAUGAGUAUUCCCACUGCAUAUGUUUGAGGCCUGUAGGGGAUUUGACCAAAGCAAGAGUUGGCCAGGAGUUGACGAUACAGUACCAACUCUCGUGGAGAUCUGUAGAGAUUUCUAUAGGGAAUUACUUGUAACCUAUAGCGGUCGUAGCAUGCCCAAGGUUGCGUACAGAAACCACUCCACCUAGAGGUGAGUGGGCAGUGUUUCGUCCUCUGUCAUGCCUUAGCCACGUAUGACAGCGGCGAGAUCUACUUAUCAGUCUGCGUCCAGGAGGCACGGGUAAAUUCAGAGCAGUAAGUGGGCCCCGCCUCCCAGACAGAACAGUGACCGUGCUGUGUUCUGAGCCGUUAAACUGUUCCUCAAAGUCCUUGGCAGCUGGCCCUUGUGAAGGAGGGAACCUGCGACAAGUCACCGGCUUUCCUCUCCCUCUGCUGACUGGCAGGUGAGGUGAGCUCCCUUUAGACUCAGGGCCACCUUCAGACACUCAGCAUUUGCAUCCAUUUCCAGUUCAAGCUUUGGUUACCUGUCUCAUGAAGUGUGUGAUUGCUCAAAUGAAUACCUAUAUUCAGUGUGCCAUAAGUUAUGGUAAAUUUUAUACGCUAUUUGUAAAAUAUAUUUAAUGCUUUCAAAUAUAAAAUAAGCUAUGUUAAUCAGUGUUAUAGACUAGGUAUAAAUUAUUUUUCGGUUUUUAAAUAGACUGUUUGGAAAAGCUAUCUUAAACAUUUUUUAAAAAUCUAUCUAAAAAAUAGCCAGUUGUGAUGGCAGACAUCUUUAAUCCUGGCUUUGGGAAUCAAAGGCAAGCAGAUGUCUGUGAGUUCAAAGCCCGUUUGGUCUACAUAGUGAGCUCACACAGCCAAAGAUACAUAGUAAGACUGUCUCAAGAAAAAAAAAGUUAAAAUAUAUGGCAUUCUUCUUCUUUUUUUUUUUUUGCUUAUAGUCUUUAAUUUUUAAACGACUUUUUGAGGUUAGAAUUAUAUCAUUUCCUCCUUUUUCUGCCUCCAAAGCCUCCCAUGUACACUUCUUCCACCAUGUUCUCUUUCAAAUUCAUGGCCUCCUUGUCAAUUAUUGUUAUACACACACACACACACACACACACACACACACACACACACACGGAGAAAGAGAGAGAGAGAUUCCUAAAUAUAUAAAUACAACCUACUCAGUCUGUAUAAAUUACUGGUACAUGUGUGUUUUGACCCGUUGGUAUUGGAUAACCAAUUGGUGACUCUUCCUGGGGAAGAUUGCUUCUCUGCUCUCAGCAUCCCCUUCGUUGCCUGUAACUUCUCUGCUCUCAGCAUCCCUUUGUUGCCUGUAGUUCUUUGUCUAGGGUUGAGACCUCAUGAUCUUUCCCCCAUCCAUGCUCGCGUGCCUAUUGGCGUUCUUGUUCAGGAUGGCGUUCUAAUAGUAAGAAAAUACAAGGAAAAUGUAGGGCCGUCUUAGUUUGAAGAGUUUAGGUGUCUCCCCCGCUUUCUGUUAAAGCAUCAGGCACCAUGCGGGUGUGCCUGGGGCUAAGGAACUCCUGCCUUGAGUGUUGAAUGCAUCCAAGUGUCUUGGGGACAUGCAAAGGUGUUCACUAGGGCAGAUGUUGAGUAAUGACGAGAGAGAAAAUGCUUUGGAGGAAAAUAUGUCCUUCCUCCUCUCCUCAGGCCUUGCUGUAGGUCGACACAAUUCUCGACAUUUUCUCUAACUACUGUCAGAAGGAGUCUGACUCACCCGAGUCUUUGUGUCCGUUUUUAAGUAGCACCCCUUCUCCUUUCUAACUCAACGGUUUGGGAUUGCCCGUCCUCUUUUCUGGACCUUGAAUAUGAGGACUGGAAAUAGUAACUUGAUUAACGCAACAAGAUGCUUUAGAGCUUUUUCUAAAGCUUGUUCCUUUUGGCUCACUGCCAAACAGCAAAAGCCCAAACCGGGAAGUCAGCCUAUAAUCAAAAUGGACACUUGAUCUAACCCAAGAAAGAAGGUAAAAUUGUUGGAAGACACUUUAUGGGUUUGUCUCAGAGAAAGAUACACAAGCAAAAUGUAGCUUGGGACUGGAGAGAUGGCUCACAGUGCUUACUCCUCUUGCAGAGAAUCCAGAUUCACACCCAACACUCCCAUUGCAGCUCACAAGCAUCUGUAAUUUGAGUUCCAGGAGAUCUGACGCCCUUUUCUGGCUGCCACAGGCAUUGCAUUCAUGUGGUGUGUGUACACACACAUAAAGAGCAAACACUCAUACACAUAAGAUAAAAGUAAACAUGUCUUUUCAAAGAAAAGAAUGUAGCCCAUUUUGGGGCCUGGCAAGAUGGAUGGGUGGGUAAAAGUGCUUGCCGUACAAACUUGGAGACCCAAGUUCAAUCUCUGGAACCACAAAAAGGUAGAAAGAGAAAAUAGACUCCCCAAAAGUUGUUCUCUGACUUCCCCAUGUACACCAUUACACAAGUGUGCCCAUACAUAGAUUGUGUGCACAUGCACACACUCAAUAAUUUAAACAAAUGUAAAUUAUUUUAAGGCUAUUUUAGUAACUCUUGUGUAUAUUUUAACUGGUGAUUUAUUUGGAUUGAGAUUUCCAUCUGAGAGGCCGAAUUAUCAGUAACAUAGGAAGAAGGAAGAGACACCAGUAUGAAAGACCAAGAACCAAUUAAAGUGCAAGAUUUUAAUGAGGUCUUGAAGUUUUCACAAGAAUUGGAACAGUUAAAAUAUUGCUCUGUAGGGGACAGAACUGCUAAUUUAAUGACAAGCAAGAAGCUCUGUGAAGAUCUGGUGUCUAAAGUGCCACUUUUGGGAGUAGAGGUUCUGAGCCCAAGUGAAGAAAGACAGGCACUCUGUUCCAAACUAGGAGAAAGUAAGCAGGAAGAAAUGCCAGCGUUGUCAGUGAAGGCGGCCACUUCCCCAAGAGAGAGGCGGGAGGAACCGCAGCAGAAUGGAGACUGGAGAGGCCAUGUGCGGCUGUUGGCCGUGGAGCGCAGAGAAGCUGGGAGGCUUGGAGAAGAGCUGAGCCUCCAGCCUCAGAGCUGUGGGGAUAGUUCAGAUGACAGUAGCACCCAGUACCUAACAUCUGGAGAGAAAGCGAACUGCCAGCAUCACGGGGAAGUGCAGCAACUGCGACAGAACCUGCACCGCCUGCAGAUCCUGUGCAACUCGGCUGAAAAGGAGCUGCGCUAUGAGCGGGGCAGGAGCUCGGACUUCAAACAGCACAACAGUUUGCUGCAGGAGGAGAACAUCAAGAUCAAAAUUGAACUCAAGCAGGCCCAGGAGAAGUUGCUGGACAGUGCCAGGAUGCAGUCCUCGCUCACGGCGGAGUGGAAACUGUGUCAGCAGAAAGUCAAGGAGCUGGAGCUGGAAGGGCUGCAGCAGGCUCAGAGCAUUAAAUCCCAGCAGAGCCUGCAGGAAAAGCUGGCUCGAGAGCAGUCGAAAGCAGCCGAAGCACAGGAGAAGAUUUUGGACCUGCAGCAGAAAUUAGACCAUGCUCGACAAGUCUGCCUUUCAGAUGCUUGUGUUUUGCAUAAGAAACAACUAGAGGAGGAGAUCAAGGAAGCAAGGAGCAGUGAGGCUAGGCUGCAGCAGCAGUGUCAGGAGGAGCAGCAGAGGAGGGUACUCCUGGACCAGGACAUAAAUGAGCUCCAGAAGCAAGUGAGAACCUUGCAGGAGAAGGAGGACCAGCUGGAAGCAACCAAUUCCCAGCAGCAAGAGGCUCUCCGCAAACAGCUGGAGAACGAGAGCAGAAAGUGUGAAGAGUAUGUCAAGAGCAACCAGGAACUGUCAGAGAAACUAUCAAAAUUACAGCAAGAAAAGGAUGCUCUCUGGCAAGAACACGGGCGGUUUUUGGAGCAACUUGGUGAGCAUGUGAGAAACUACAAAGACAAACACCACUGCCACAAAGCCAAGCUUCAAAAGGUCAAGGACCGUCUAACCCAUGAGUUAGAAAUACGAAAUAAGAGGAUUAAAGAACUCGAAGAUGAAACUGGGAAACUGCAACAAAAGAUUGCGCUGGAGAAGGAGUUCCAGGGCCAGAUCAUGACCCAAAACGACAUCCUCCUCCUGGAAAAGAGGAAGCUGCUAGAACAAGUCACAAAUCAAGAAGAACUGAUCUGCAGCAAUAAGUCCACAGUCUCUGCAAUCCAGAGCAAGGCGUUUUUACUGGAUAAAGAAAACCAGCAACUGCAGGAAAACUGCCUCCGGCUCAUGCAGCAAAUCAGUCUCCUAGAACGCAUUAUAAGGAGCAUCCAGAUUCGCAGAGCGGAAGAAACGAUAAUCAGUGACAAUGCUGCUUUUGAAAUACUCAGAAAGAUACUACCUUUGCAGAGCUCCAGUUUCUCAGGAACAGGUUUGGUAUUGUCAGCUGAAAAUCUCCAGGAGACUGAACUACAUAAAUCAGGAGGAACAACAGCAAUCCCCAAGUCCCCCGAACCUCUUUCAUGUUCACAGAAUUCUGAAAAUGGAUAUAUAAAUGUGACUUCUCUAAAAGAGACAUACAAUAUGCAAGGGGACCAAAAACUGGGACUGUGACAUCACUGCUGUCUAAAAAAUGUUAACUGAACCUAGUGACUCAGAGCAUGGAUGGAAAGGUCUCACAGAACACCCUGGAAAGCAGCAAGGAGUCUUCAAAAUCACUGACUAAACAGUCAUUAAAAGCUUUCUAAAGAUGGA